GAUGUCAUCCUUACGACAUGAUCCUGGGUCCCAUUAGGCCUCGAAGUUGUAGUAUUACUUGCAGAGAUUACAAUUACUGUCAUUAAUAUGUAUUUGCCCUUACAUAGAUGUCAUACUAUAAUGUAAACUGCCUGAAUCUUGUUAUAUCUAGACUCAUGAUUUACAUACUUUUCUGACCAUCAAUUAACAUUGAUAUAUUUGAGAAAAUAUUAAAUGUUUGCCAGGAGGGACUUUGUAAUUGUUUUUUGGAGUUGAUGGCAUGAAAGCUAUUGUGUGUUAAAAUGAUUUGAUGGAAAAUCAUAUAUUACUAGCAUAAACUAUGGAGAUUAAUUAUUCAAAUUAGAUUCAUAAUAUGACUGGAUAUAUAAAAAAAACUGAGAUGAAGAGAAAGUACUUUCUAGGAACCGUGACUUUUUAUCUAUUUGUUAUACUCUCUUGCUAUGUGUUUGUGAAGAUGAGAUUGACUCUAAGUGCAAUGUCCAACACUGCAGCAUUUUCUCAAAACAGCAACAUUGAGAAAAAGGAUAAAAUGGAGUUUAUAAAUAGAUGUAGGAGAAGAAUUGAAAGUAAAACUAAGAUAUCACAGAAGUUGUGGAAUAGUCAGUACAAGAGUCCCUGUUAUCAUAGAGAAGGAACAUUACACUGUCUGCCCUACUUUCUGGUAAUAGGGUUUCCAAAAUGUGGAACAACAGAUCUAUUCGAACGAAUGAAACAUCAUCCAGAAUUUAUACCGUCCAAAAUGAAGGAACUUCAUUGGUUAUCAAGAUAUCGUUUUAUGCCUCUUUUUCGGCGAAAUUCAACAGUCCAAAUAGAAAAAUAUUCACCAGACAAGCCCUUUGGCCUUCACCUAUACACACAGAUGUUUGAUGAGUUAGCUGCCACAAUCGAGACUUCUGACGGACACUCUCAUGCAAUAUCCGCUGACUUUAGUCCAUCCACGAUUUGGGACAACGAUGUCUAUUCCUAUAUCAAUAGUUUUUCUGUGGGCCCAGAAUAUUAUACACAGGAUUUUGUACAUCAGUUAAAUCCAUGCAUGAAACUGGUUGUUAUGAUGAGAGAUCCAGUUGAAAGAUUAUAUUCUGACUAUUUGUUCAUAAAUGGUCAAAACACAGCACACGAAUUCCAUAAAAAGGUUAAACAUGUCAUUAAGCUUUACAAAUCCUGUAUGAAACUCAAAUCACCACGCGAGUGUUUCCAGGACUUCAAUUUAGCCAGAAAAUCUAAGAUACGAUUGCGAAUUGGUGCGUAUUCUGUCUUCAUUAAAGAGUGGCUGAAAGUUUUUCCUCGUGAACAAAUAUAUUUUGUUCGGAUGGAAGAUUAUGUAUCAAACACAAAGAAAGUUCUUGGAGAUAUUUUCACUUUCUUAGAUAUGGACAUGGUGUCAGAGGAUGUUAUGAAGCGAAUGUUGCAACAGACUCCCUCGAACACAAGGCAAAGCAGGGGGAUUUCAUUUGAGCCAAUGUACAAUAAGACACAUAAACUUUUAUCUCAGUUUUACGGUCCGUUUAACCAUAAUUUGUCAAUGCUGUUACAAAACAAAGAUUACACCUGGCACGAAACAUAACUCAGGGUACUUACGAGGAUAUGUUAAAUUUGUUUGUUUAGAUUUUAUUAUUUAUUUGACACAAUGUUUUUAUUUUUAUAUAUAUAAUAAAGUUACUUUGUUAA